AUGUCACUUUACUUCGCUGAAUUGCCAGACAUUGGUCCUUUAUUUCCACGUGAUGCAUUCCAUGGUUGUGAAUUUUUUUACAAUUAUAAUCUUGCUACUCUAGGUGGAAGAACUGGUCCAUUAUCGCUUAAAUGCAAUCUUGAAGAUAUUGCAGAAAAUAAAUUUGAAAUAGUGUGCUAUGACGUCGUUAGUCUUUACCCAGCCGUGAACUUUUACGCUUUUUAUCCUAUUGAAGUAUUAGAUUUGAAUCUUGAAAUAAAUUGGACAAAACCUGAAGAUGUUCAUCCUUAUCGAGGACUAUUUAAAAUAUUUAUCAUUCCACCUGACAAUUUAUAUUUACCUGUAAUUCCAGAAAGAAUUAACGGAAAAUUAGUGAGUCAUUCUUUUAAUUUUUCUGUAUAUGUAAAGAUAUUCCAUUUAUGCCACCGCUGCGCAAUCGAAAUGGAACCGGGAGUAGCGAAGCGAAAAGAAAAUAAGUAUGACAGAGAAAAUGGUAGAAGAUGGUGUACACAUAACGACAAACAACGGGGAUUUGUAAGCACUACUUGUUCAGUGGAACUCGAGUUAGCCUUGAGAAUGGGCUAUCGCGCAACAAAAGUUUUUAGCAUUUAUCACUGGAAUGAGUGGUCUGAUACGUUACUACGCCCAUACGUUCAAGACAUGAUGCGCUUAAAAAUUGAGGUUUAA